AUGCCAGAAUGGUAUCAACUGGUACAGGAAAAUCAGCGCAUGAAUGAUGAGUCGACAGGGAUAUUCAGACCUGAGGAACUGCAAAGUCCCCAUGACCUCACACUCAUGGAACCAAUUACUUCUGACUACUUGGAACCCUGCACUACUGCUGGCUUUGACAACAGCUUCCAGUCUUCUUACAUGACUGAUCAGGUUCGCAGAAGGAACAGAGCCCGUCAGAAUACGCAUGCAGCUAAAUUUGUUGGGUGUUCUGAAGGUGGAGUCAGAUAUGCCAUGAAAAAGACAGCUGGACAAAAGCGCAUCCUGAUGGGGAGAUGGAUAGUGGAGGAAUACAAUCUGGCUGGAACAGCUGGAGACAAAUGUUCAAUAGUGCCAAAUCAGAAUGACAUCUCUGAGAGGACCCACUAUUCGAUCCUUGAACGAGACUACUUAUCAGACGAUAUUGCUGAUACACAAACUGGAUCGAUUGCACUCAUAUCGAAUCUGGACUGGUCCCAGCACUUGCAGCUGAACCAUGAUGAAGGUUUGUCAGUACAAACCUCUGAUUGGGGUAUUGCAUUACACGAUAUGGGUCUGGAGGUUUCUUCUGAACUCAGAAUUGUGGCAACAUCUCCUUCUGAUCAUCUGGAACCAAAUAAUCCCAAUGCUCAGGACUUCAGCUUGCAAUCGUUGGACACAAGAUGUUCAAUCGACAAAGGAGAAAGAAACGUUGUGCCAUUGGCUAGAAAGUCUACCUACAAUGCAAAGGGAGGCAUUCUGAAACGGCUGAAUGGGGAUAAAUUCCUGGACACAGAUGGCAAUCUUGUUAAUGCAUUGGUGAUGCAAACCUUUAUGGAUAUAGCUGCAUUUAUUGGCUGUACUCCAGCUGCAAUCUCAUUCGCUAUGAAGAAAAAAGGUGUUAAAAAGGGUAUCAUCAGGAAUCAUUGGAGAGUCGAGGCAUUUGACUCAACUGGAAAGGUGUAA